CGGUUUUUUAUUCAUCGCGAGUGUAAAAGAGCAGAAAAAGAAAGAAAACAGGAACAAAAAAAAGUCCGUUGAGAUUAUAACCUCAGAAACAUUUGAAAAAGACACAGUUACCGAAGAUCGGGUAAAUAAUAAACCGAAGGAAAACAAAAGCGAACAGGGGGUAAAUAUGGAUGAAUUCGUGAAAAUCGAGAAGAUCGGCGAAGGCACCUACGGCGUCGUCUACAAGGGGAGGAACAAGAAGACUGGACAGGUGGUUGCCAUGAAGAAAAUUAGAUUGGAAUCUGAGGAUGAGGGUGUACCAUCGACUGCGAUCAGAGAGAUAUCACUGCUGAAGGAGCUGCAGCAUGCAAACAUCGUUAAACUAGAAGAUGUACUCAUGGAAGAGGCUAAACUUUACUUAAUCUUCGAAUUUCUAUCGAUGGAUCUCAAAAAGUAUAUCGAUAAGAUCGAAUCGGGCACGUUCAUGGAUCCGCAACUGGUGAAGAGCUACUUAUAUCAAAUAAACGAUGCCAUACUGUUCUGCCAUCAGAGGAGAGUUCUGCACAGGGAUCUGAAGCCACAGAAUCUGCUCAUCACGAGAGAUGGAACAAUUAAGGUAGCUGAUUUCGGGCUGGGUCGAGCGUUCGGUGUUCCCGUCAGGGUUUACACCCAUGAGGUUGUCACUCUAUGGUACAGGGCGCCGGAGAUUCUGCUAGGAUCGACGCGUUACUCGUGUCCAAUUGAUAUCUGGUCGCUGGGUUGUAUCUUCUCCGAAAUGGCCACGAAACGCCCCCUAUUUCAAGGCGAUUCGGAGAUCGACCAACUCUUCAGGAUAUUCAGAGUUUUGAAAACGCCGACCGAACAGAUCUGGCCCGGAGUGUCGCAGUUCCCCGAUUACAAGGCGAGCUUUCCCAACUGGACGAAUUACAAUCUGUCCGGACAAGUGCAGAACUUGGAUGACAACGGUCUGGACCUUCUCAAGCAGAUGCUGUAUUACGAUCCGGCGAAGAGGAUCAGCGCGAAGAAGAUCGCGCAGCAUCCGUACUUCCUCGACCUCGACAGAGGCGUCGCACCCAGAUUCUCAUAAAAAACAAAAAAAGAGGAAAAAAAACACCAAUUUCGUUUCGCCAUUUCGCUCUGUGUAUAGUAUUUGUUUAUUUUUUUUAUAAGUUAUAAUAUUCUCCCAUAUACUAGUACUAUUCCGAACUCUCCGUGUUUAUUAUAUUCGCGAGAACAACUUAUUUUUUAUAAAAA